AUGAAGUUCGCGGCUACCAUUCUCAGCGCAGCGUUGCUCACAACGUCUGCCAUUGCAGCUCCUCUGACCGAGAGCCGUGCAGCUCGCAAUGUUGCCCGAGCUGCCGGCCGGGCUGACCGUAUCAGUCGUCCGGCUUAUAAGCCAGACACCAAGGAGCUCCUCAUUCAGAAUGGAACAGUCCACGAGGAGUACAGCUCCAACUGGGCCGGUGCCGUGCUUAUUGGCACUGGAUAUACCUCUGUCACUGGACGGUUCACCGUCCCUACCCCCAAGCUUCCCACUGGUGGCUCGUCUAGCAAGCAGUACUGCGCCUCCGCCUGGGUCGGUAUCGACGGUGAUACCUGCAGCACCGCCAUCCUCCAAACUGGAGUUGAUUUCUGCAUCCAAGCAGGCAAGGUUACAUACGAUGCCUGGUACGAGUGGUAUCCGGAUUAUGCCUACGACUUCACCGGCCUCACAAUCGCCGCUGGAGAUGUGAUUGAGGUCACUGUGACCGCCAGCUCCCUUACUGCCGGCACUGCCGUCGUUGAGAACGUCACCAAGGGCAAAUCUGUCACCCACACUUUCACCGGUGGAGUUGAUGGAGACCUCUGCGAGUACAAUGCUGAAUGGAUCGUCGAGGACUUCGAGAGCGGCGGAGCCCUGGUUCCCUUUGUCAACUUCGGAACUGUCACCUUCUCAAACGCGCAGGCCACAACUGGCGGCAAGGUUGUUGGACCAUCCGGAGCUACUCUCAUGGAUAUCAAGCAGAGCAACGCCGUUUUGACCUCAUCUUCUCUCACUAGCACUGGUGUUACUGUGAGCUAUGUCUAA